AUGUUCAAGAAGGCUUUCAUGGCGCAUUUCUUUCUCGUUGGGUGGCUCAGUUCCCUCAUAGCAGCAUUGCCAGCAACAAAACCACCAAGCAAAGCUCUCUCAGAAGGCAUCACACUGCGAUUGAACAACACCCACCUCGACCCCCUGAACGCCUCCCAAAUAAUCCAUUACAGCAUCCCGCAAACCCAAAUCGUCAUCGUCAUCGUCACCGGGAGUCCCAUCGACGCCCCCCCCAUGCGCAACACUCUAGAAGCAUGUCUUUCGGCCGCGCAUGCCGCCAUGUUCAAACAUGGUGACGUCUACAUGUUUCCGGACCCAUACGUAUUCACGACGCUCCCUACACUGUACACUGGACUUGAAAUAAGGGCGUACUCGACAAUGGUACCAGGGCUAAAAUGGAUCGAUCUUGCCAAUAUGCUUGUAGGGGUCGAGCAUGUUAUGUGGCAGCGGGCACUUUACAAAGAGGCGCAUGUUAAAAUGUUCGACGAGCCUAGUGGUUUGGAGAUGGGAGUAGCGGAUCUGUAUAGAUCUCCUGCAAUUACUUUGGCAAGUGUUGCUGAUUAA